CAACAGUUACAACAAGUAGGAGUCCAUUUUCCACAUCCACAACGGCAUCAACCACAACAAGACCCCCGCCACCAGAGCCAGCCUUGUCACUGGAGUUCCACAUAGUGGAGGACUUUAAUGAGGAUCUGAAGAAUCCCUCUUCAGAGAACUUCAAGGCCUUGGCGAAGGAAGUAACGACACAGUUGGAUAAGAUUUAUUCCCAGAAAUAUGGGAAGGGAUUCAAUCGCACCAAAGUCAACGGCUUCAGGAAAGGAUCAAUUGUGGUGGACACUUCCCUAGUGUUCAACAAUUUCAGUGUCGUACCAAACACCAGCGAUGUGACCCAAACCCUCAAAGAAGCCACGUUCUCCAACACCUCUGGUUUCAGUCUCCAAGUAAACAUCUCCACCAUUACAACCACAAUCCCGACACAAACUUCACCGACUACAACAAGCACUCCCACAACAAAAUCUGACAAAAACACAUUUACUCCACCUUUACCUCAAAGUCUUCACACAGUGAACACAACCUCUGUGUCACUAGAAUUAAUAUCAACACCGCAAACAGACACACAGACAGCAAACCCUGACCCGACAUCUUUUAAAACAACUAUUGCUACAACUUCCCUAAUUAGCAGUAACACACCACUUGUAACAACCACUACACAUAAUGUUACAAACACACAGCCUGGCAGCCUGACGGUGGUGACUGAGGUUACUAUGACAACAGGGACGGAAGCCCAAACUACAACGAUAAAUGGAGAACCCAUUAAAGCUGCAACUGAGAUUACUAAAACAACAGAAACUGAAGCCCCAACUACAACCAUGACUGGUACCCCCACUACAACUGUGACUGAGGUUACUAUGACAAGAGGAACUAAAUCCCCACCUACAACCAUGACUGGUGCCCCCACUACAGCUGUGACUGAAGUUACUUUGACCACAGAAACAGUAACCCCAACUACAACUGCCACUGGUGCCCCCACUACAGCUGUGACUGAAGUUGCUUUCAGAACAGAAACUGAAGCCCCAACUACAAUCCUGACUGGCACCAGUACUUCAACCUUGACUGAGGUUACUUUGACCACAGACACUAAUAGCCCAGCUACAUCCAUGACUGGUGCCCCUACUACAACUGUAACUGAGGUUACUAUGACAACAGGAACGGAAUCCCCAACAACAAUCUUGACUGAGGCCCCUGCUACAACUGUAACUGAGGUUAUUUUGACCACGGACAGAGUUGCCCCAUUUUCAACUCUCACUGAUGCCUCCACUAAAACUGUUACUGAGGUUGCUAUGAUAACAGGCACUGAAGGCCCAACCACAGCCAUGAGUGGUGCCCUCACUGCAGUGGUGACUGAGGUCACUUUGACAACAGAAACUGUAGCCCCCAAUAUAUCUCUGACUGAGGUUACUAUGACAACAGGAACUAAACCCCCAACUGCAACUCUCACUAGUGCCCCCACAGCACAGACAGUGAACCCUGACCCGACAUCUCUUAAAACAACUGUUGCAAUAACUUCCCUAAUUAGCAGUAACACACCACUCGUAACAACCACUACACAUAAUUCUGCAUUCACACAGCCUGGCAGCCUGACAGUACCACAAACAGAAGCACUCACAACGAUUCCUGCAUUUACACAACCCAGCACAAACGCAACUCAGACAGUAAGCAUGACAACAGAAUCUGUAAACACACAAAGCGACAAAACAACAGUGCCCCCCAGUAAGACUACAGUUCCACAGUUUAAUAUAAAGACAACACAGACAACACAGAAUACAUCAACUGUCAACACUGACAAUUCAACUGAAAUUGCCACAACUGCAACCACAGGAAACAAAAAUAACACAACUGCAAUGCCUACAGUCAAACAUACAGCUACACAACCAAACACUGCCACAUUACACCCAACUGUCAUUGCCACAACCACACGUACACAACUGGGCACUGUCCCAGCAGCCACAACUAAGGUUCCAGCUGCCACACCCAUCACUGGUGUAGAACCAUUCUCAAGUACGACCACUCAGCACAGCUCAAGUCUUCAUGAGCUUACUCAAAGUACAGCUCCUCAGCCCAGCACUGUGGCAGUCAACCAGAACACAACAAAAGUAACUUCCGCUGCUGCAAAUUCGCAAAUCAGAACUGUUCUGUUGCGAUUCAGUCUACGGGACGAAUUCACGAGUGAACUCUUAGAUCAAAAUUCAGAAAAGUACCGGCAGUUGGAGAAGCACGUGACUACUGAGAUCAACAAAAUAUUUUUAAAGAAAUUUGUCAAAUCGUUUUUUGGAUCAAUGGUUAAAGGAUUCAGAAAAGGCUCAGUGAUAACAGAUGUGGAUUUGCUGUUCAAAGAAGAAGCGAGUCAGGAUGAGCUAGUCAGUUCAUCUGAAGUAAAGAAAGUCCUGCAAAAUGCUACAUUCGCCGACAGCCAUUUUUUUUUAAACAUCAUGCCAGCUUCUAUACAGGCUUUCGAGGAAACCUUGGUGCUGGUAAAUCUCACUCUGGUUCAGUCCUUUUCAUUGUCACUCAAUGACUCCCUGUCUUCAUAUCACAUUGAGACUAGCAAUGCGCUCUACCAGUGGCUUGGAGAGGUGUUUUCUAAAUACUAUGGGAACAAGAGCCUGUCAUCGACUGUGAAGUUCAGAAACAUUGAUGGUUUGGUGGGUGCUACCAUAGAGUUUAAAUAUAAUGCAGAGCAGAAGACACCAGAUGAUGUUCUAACAGCUGCUGUUCUGAGCUCCCAGGGCCCCUUCCUCCACCUGAAGCAUUUCCUGUCAGUCAAUGGUUUUCAGGCCCCGGUGGAUGUUUUCCCCCUGUCCCUGAGGAUCACAAGCCUGCAUUUUGCAGAGGAGCUGGCCGAUCGGGGGUCGCACCUCUUCCAGCUCUACAGCACGUUCAUCCGCACAUCUGUAAUAAAGCUUUAUAAAGACAUAAAAGGAUUUUCUGGUGUCCACGUGACUAAAAUGACUUCAGGUUCUGUGGUGGCUGAACUGGCAGUGAUCUUUGAGAAGACUGGGAUCUCUUCUGCCACGGUGUCUCAGAUUUUGCGGGCUGGUUUGCCUCAGCUUGAAUUCGAAGGCCUUACCGUAGACCCAUCCUCCCUGUCGAAUGAGGCCGGGCCUACGCCAUCUCCCAGGCCAUUCCCAGAAUACGCUGUGGCCAUCAUUGUCAUGUGUGGCCUUCUCAUCCUUCUUCUCCCUGUAGCUGUGGUGGUCGGGUGUAAAACGGGAAUGUGGAGGAAGUUGAAGAGGUCUCUAUCGUUAUCUAACUCCCAGCAUUACAAUAUUUCUCCAGUUCACAAUAGUGUCUGACAGCAUACUGGGCUCUGUGUCAUGGUAAGGCUCUCUCUGUCUCUAUCUCACACAUUCAACAGACAACACACCCACACACCCACCCACACAUGCACACAUGCCUGCACACACACUCACACAACACACCCACCCACACACACACGCACGCACACACACACCCUGAUACACACACCCACUCACCCGCAUGCACCCAUGCACGCACACACAUAUUUUAACACUGUCAUUCAUGUCCGCAUACACAAGUAACAUCAAAGGACAUAAACAGUAGAGACAAACAGUACAGAAAAAUGAUGGACACUUGCAGGCUCAUUAGGGGUAUAGGUAGUGGCAUUGCCUCCAAAUAUGGGGGCUUCCUAUUAUUGCUGACAGACUCAAACACACACACCUAUAUAUGUGUUAGAAAUCAACAUGACAU